AUGCCGCGGUGCUAUAUGGUAAAGAAGGCCUUGUGCAACAAGUACAUAAGCAGCGUUGCCAGAGGAUUCGAGAGCUGGGGCCGAGGAAGGAGCACGCCAUCGCCGACCACCGUACCCAUCUCGACUGUACAGAGGUGCUUCGCAUCCCCGGCACAAGAAUGUUCCAACACGCAAUCAAAAGACACAACGGCCAUCACGUCUUCCGCCGUGGCCGAUGCAGACCCCUCGAAGGAACAACCGAACAACACGGACACAACUGUCGUGACAGCGGUACCGUCAUCCGUCAUCAUGAUGAAUCCGGCGAUGGACCACUCGAUGACGACGCGAAUGGAAACCGUCGUGAUCGCGUGCACCACAACGGCGCCUCUGACGACUCUAUCUCCAACAGAAACAAUCGUCUCUUCCGUCAAGGAAACUACAACGACGACGGUGACGACUUUACCUUCGUCGAGUGUGCGAACGACUCCCGAGAGACGCGACGAGACUAUGACGUCUAUCGUGACGCUACACCAUCCACCAUCCACCGAAAAACCGUCUCCGCCGUCCAGCACGUCAACGUCCUAUCAUCUACAGGAUACUUCGGAGCACUCGAGAACACACGAUAGGAUACAAUCGGUUAUCACAUCCUGUGACAUGUCCAUGUCCGGCCAAGUGUCAUCCAUGUUCAAAGAUCGCUCCGCGGCGGAAACGGAGGCGGCACACGAUCUCCUAGAACUCUCCCGAUCUCUACCUCCCUUGCCACCGCCGAGUGUAGCGAUCGGUCCUCAAAGCGUGGUCGAGGCGCCAGCGAGCGACGUCCAAGAGAUGACCGUCUACCAACCGGCCGAGCAAUCGAUUUAUCAGGUGAACACGAUCGAGUUGACCAGCUCAAACGUCUACAACCAUCAUCAGCAGCAGCAGCAACAACAGCCACAGCCCACGGCCGCCGGUAUCAUUUAUGAGUCUGCUAUCGUGCCACCCUCGGGCAGUGUUUUCAUACCUCUGGCACCAGUACAAGAGAUCCUGCUGACGUACAGUACAUCUACCAUACCAUGUACAUCAAUUAUCGCUCAACAAUCGCAGCAUCAGCCGCUGCAACAGCAGCUUGAACCACCGCCGCCGCAACAGCAGCUUCAGCCUCCGCCGCCGCAACAGCAGCUUCAACCGCCGUCGCAACAGCAACAACAGCAGCAGCAACAGCAGCAGCAACAGCAGCAGUCAUUACCACAGCAGCAACAGAUCGAAACGACGCCGCCAUUAACGCCGCCAACCUCCGAAUGCAGCAGCGAUAUUGAGAAUAGUAAUCCGAACUCACAACCGACACAGAAGGACAAGGAGGUGCAGACUAACACGGAGCCGACGGACGGAGUGAAACCGGCCACUUACACGUAUGACACGUUGCUUGUUUCGGACGGCAGAUCGAAGAAUAAGAAACUAGCCGCACAGAAGAAUCAGGACAACGAACUGAUCGAUGCACCCGAGACCUCCAAGACCGGUCGUUACGUGUGUUGCGAAUGCGGCAAACAGUAUGCGACCUCGUCGAAUCUGUCCCGGCACAAGCAGACGCAUCGCAGCAUCGAUUCCCAAUCGGCCAAGAAGUGCAUCCACUGUGGCAAGGCUUACGUCAGUAUGCCCGCUCUGGCGAUGCACGUGCUCACGCAUAAGCUGACACACAGUUGCGGGGUAUGCGGCAAGAUGUUCUCGCGGCCUUGGCUAUUGCAGGGUCACUUGCGCAGUCACACCGGCGAGAAGCCGUACGGAUGCGCUCACUGCGGCAAGGCGUUCGCCGAUCGCUCGAAUCUGAGGGCGCAUAUGCAGACGCAUUCGGCGGAUAAGAAUUACGAAUGUCCCAAGUGCCACAAGUCGUUUGCCCUCAAGUCAUACUUGAACAAACACCUGGAGUCGGCGUGCCAGCGCGAGAGCGACGACCCCGAUGCGCCACCUUAAGCAGCCAGCACCACAGGAUGCCGAUGUAGUGGCGCCGCGGCAGCGAUCAGCCGGUCGUGCACAGUCGACGUAAACAGAAGA